UAACAUUAUCGACCAGUUUUACUAUCGAUGAGAUAAUAACAACACUUUAUAAAGUACUCUCCAUCAUAUCACAAACAUACACUUCUCACUUCAAUUAGGUAUCAAUUAUUUUAUGUGAUAAAAAAUCGUUUUGUUUUGUUCAAGUGCUUUACUUAAAACUACUUUAUGUCCUGAUGUUCCUGAUAUUUCCUGGCUUGUAGGCACUGAAUUUAGAGCUAAAAUUACAAAAUGGAGGAAUCAAAAGGCCAGACUGCAGAACAAAAACUUAAUCCAAUAGAUCGAUCAAGUUAUUUCUCCAAUUUAUUAUUUUGUUGGUUACUUCCAUACUUCGUUAAAGGCUACAAACGAGAACUAACCGAAGAUGAUAUGUACAGACACCGAAGUGAACAUGAUUCCAGUAAGCUUGGAGAUAGGCUAGAGGAAAGGUGGAUCAAACACAUAGCUAAGAACAAGAAUCCCGCAUAUUAUAAGGUGUUAAUAGGAACAUUUAUUUGGGAAAUAUUUGUUCUCAAUGUUCUUGUUGUAUUAAUAGAGGCGAUAAGAAUGACCCAACCAUUUAUAAUAUCAAAACUACUAACGAUUUAUGAAAAGGAUCCCAAAGAAAAUAUCAAUGAUGUUUAUUUGUACUCAGGAUUGAUAAUAGCCACUUCAUUGGUCAGCGUAAUCCUGCUCCAUAAAUUCAAUUUUGCAAUGAUGCAAGUUGGUAUGAAGAUGAGAAUAGCUUCGUGUUCUUUGAUAUAUAGGAAAGCUUUAAGACUUAGCAAAUCUGCUCUAGCAGAAACUACCAUUGGGCAGAUGGUAAAUUUACUUUCUAAUGAUGUAGGAAGAUUUGAUCAAGCUGCACAUCAUCUUCAUUACUUCUAUAUCGCUCCAAUACAGGCACUUAUUGUGAUGGUGUUUUUAUAUCUCUUUGCUGGAUGGACAGCACUUCUUGGAACUAUAUUUUUGUUACUCUCUAUACCCUUACAAUCAUGGUUGGGCAAGAAAACUUCGCAGUUCAGAUUGAAAACUGCAACUCGUACCGAUGAAAGGGUAAGGCUAAUGAAUGAAAUCAUAUCUGGGAUUCAAGUAAUCAAAAUGUACACUUGGGAAUACCCAUUUGCCAAGUUAGUGGAGUUAGUUAGAGGGAAUGAAGUAAAGUUCAUCAGGAAAACAUCCGUCAUCCGUGCAAUUUUGAUGUCCUUGGCCAGGACUGUAAACGACGUAGCUGUUGCCAUAUGCUUGGUAACAUUUGUUUUGACAGGAAAUCCUCUAACAGCUUCCUAUGCCUUCACAGUUACUUCGUAUUACCGUCUGAUGGGCACAUUGACUUACUUCUUCCCUACGGCCGUUUCUCAAGGCUCCGAGAUGUACAUAUCGAUGAAGAGAAUCCAGAAAUUCUUGCAGUAUGAUGAGCUCAAGACUGACGCUCAUUUCAUUCCUGAAAACUCUCUAAACGGUAACAAAAACGGCAAACUUGCUAUGAAAGAAUUACCUAGUUCCGAUAAGGGAAGCAUCCAUAUUAGAAACGCGUCUGCUAAAUGGUUUAAGUCGCAACCCGAGAACAAUUUAGAAGACAUUGACAUGGAUGUAACACCUGGUAAUCUAGCAGCUGUGGUUGGAUCUGUAGGAAGUGGAAAGACAACCUUACUGCACAUAAUAAUGAAGGAGCUCGAGCUCCAACGUGGAUCUGUUACUGUAAGUGGUAAAAUUUCUUAUGCAUCUCAAGAACCUUGGCUGUUUGGAGGUAGCGUAAGGCAAAAUAUUCUAUUUGGAGAAAAAUACGACCAAGUUAAAUACAACGAAGUAGUACGAGUGUGUGCCUUACAAAGAGAUUUUACUCUAUUUCCUCAUGGAGAUAGAACCUUGGCGGGUGAACGAGGAGUUACUUUAAGUGGAGGACAAAGAGCUAGAAUCAACUUAGCUAGAGCUGUUUACAAAGAAGCUGAUAUUUACUUACUAGAUGAUCCCCUAUCCGCUGUUGAUACUCAUGUUGGUAAACAGAUAUUUGAAGAAUGUAUCUGUGGAUACCUUGGAAGCAAAUGCGUCGUCUUGGUGACGCAUCAGCUACAAUAUUUAAAGAAAAUACCGAAUAUAUUUUUAUUAAAGAAUGGUCAAGUAGCUGUUUCUGGAUCAUAUGAUGACAUAAGAAACUCCAAUACAGACUACAGUAAAGUUUUGGCAAAUAUAGAAGAGGAAGAGGAGGAAAUAAGAAGGAAGUCCAGAAUUGUUCAAACAAAACAAGAGAAAGAUGAAGAAGAAGAAGAAGUGCAGGUGUUACAAAGAGAAGCUAAGAGUACUGGUAAUAUUUCUGGACGUGUAUAUCUAAAAUACGCUCAAGCAGGUGGGCAUCUGUUUAAGGCUUUCUGUUUAAUAUUUCUGUUUGUAAUGGGCCAAGCUUUGUUGAGUAUGUGCCAAUAUUUCGUUACUUUCUGGGUCAAUAUUCAACAAUGGAAAGCUUCACAAAAUAGUGUAUCCCCAACAGUACCUGCGUCUUUAGAAAAUAUGACUGCACCGUUAGACAUUACCAGUCCUUCUCCUCAACCAGUUGAUCAUACAGGAUUUGCAGACUGGUGGCUAACCCCAUUGUUUAUAAGCGAAAACACUGUAAUAUACUUUAGCGCUCUGAACAUUCUUAUGGUCGUUAUAAUGAACAUUAGAUCGUCUUCAUUCUACGCAUGGUCUAUAACUGCCUCAACAAAAAUGCACAAUACCAUGUUCGAGAACAUAGUUUAUAGUCCCAUGAGGUUUUUCACUAUAAAUCCUUCUGGAAGAAUACUUAAUAGGUUUUCCAAAGAUAUCGGUGCCUUAGAUGAAGUUUUACCAAUGACUUUCAUGGAUACUGUUCAAAUUGGUCUCGAGGUAGGUGCAAUCUGUUUCGUGAUAAGCAGUUUGACAUAUUGGAUUAUGAUACCCACUAUCUGCAUGGGUAUAUUGUUUUAUGUGAUAAGGAUCAUAUUUUUGGAAACCAGUCGAGACGUUAAGAGGGUGGAAUCCGUAACACGAAGUCCCAUCUACACUCAUUUAACAGCAUCGCUGCAAGGACUGACUACUAUCAGAGCAUUCAAAGCUGAAGAUAUACUCAAAACUGAAUUUGAUAAAUACCAAAAUACUCACAGCGCUGCAUUUUUCAUGUAUCUAGGAGCUAAUAGAACCUUUGGAUUCUGGGUGGACUUUAUAUGUGUAAUAUACAUUGCCUUAGUUAUAUUGUCGCUAAUUUUUGUUGAAAGCGAAACAUUUGGAGGAAACAUGGGUCUUGCUCUUACUCAAAUCAUGGGUCUGACGAGAAUGUUCCAAUGGGGCAUGCGACAAUGGUCUGAACUCGAAAAUCAAAUGACAUCAGUGGAAAGGGUACAAGAAUAUGCUGACUUAAAACACGAAGAAGACAACCACACUGUAGAACCAGAUCAGACGUGGCCAGAUCAAGGAAAAGUAGAAUUUAAGAAUAUGUCUCUUCAGUAUUCACCAGACGAUCCCCCAGUUCUUAAGAAUCUCAGUUUUGUUAUCCAACCUUCUGAGAAAGUGGGUAUAGUGGGAAGAACAGGUGCAGGAAAGUCUUCGUUAAUUCAAGCUGUUUUUCGGUUGACUCAUAUCGAUGGUAGCAUACUUAUUGAUAAUAUUGAUACAAAAUCUGUGGCUUUGAAGAAGCUCAGAUCUAAAAUUUCCAUUAUUCCUCAAGAGCCAGUCCUAUUCUCUGGAACAUUGAGAAAUAAUUUGGAUCCUUUCGAUGAGUAUAAAGAUGAGGUGUUAUGGAAUGCCCUGGAACAAGUUGAACUCAAGAGUGCAGUGGACGACUUACCAGCCGGUCUGGACAGCAAAAUGGCAGAAGGUGGCUCUAACUUCAGUGUAGGUCAAAGGCAAUUGGUCUGCUUAGCGAGAGCUGUAAUCAGAAAUAACAAAAUACUAGUAUUAGACGAAGCCACAGCCAACGUUGAUCCAUAUACUGACGGUUUGAUUCAAACAACAAUAAGAAAAAAUUUCGACAAGUGCACAGUAUUAACCAUAGCUCACAGAUUAAAUACAAUUAUGGAUUCGGAUAAAGUUCUGGUCAUGGAUGCAGGAAGAGCUGUGGAAUUCGAUCAUCCACAUACGCUUUUACAAAAUCAAAAUGGUAUUUUCCAUUCGCUGGUUAUGCAGACAGGAAAAGCUACAGCUAAAACGUUGAUGGCAAUUGCAGAAGAAAACAAAAGAAUAAAGGACGAUAAAGCAUGAGAUUGUAUAUAUUCGUGCUUGUUUUUUGCAAACCAAAACGAUUUUUUACUCCCAUGGCUCAAUAGUUAUUAUAUUGAGUCGAUGAAAUUUUUGAGAUUUUUUAGAGGGUACAAAUGUUCCUGAGUAUUUAAGUUUUAUUAUUUAUUUAAAAUUAAGAAACUAAUGAAAAAAUAAAAAAGAUAAAAAAUGUUA